ACAAAGAGAGAGAGAAAGACGCACAUGAACGUCGUCCUUUCCUUACUAGCCUACGCUCUCUACCCACACUCACGCCUGCAAACACACACACAUAUGUCUACGCACACACACAUCUUAGGUACGUUCAGCGGGUAAAUACCAUGGACAAAUAAUGUAUCGAUUAGAUGUUACAACUUCAAGAAGCUGCACUAAUUAUAUAUUUGUUUUGUUAAGGGUUGAAAUGGUACGGGGCUGAAUAGAUCAUAUUUACCUUAGGUGUCUUAACGUAGCAGUAAAACAAGGAUGGCAUCUCGUGUCCAAGUAUUAAUUUCGGUUUUCGUCCUGUCAUUUUUUGCGGUUGAGUGCAUGCAUACAGUGCCUGAACUUAUUCCAGAAGCUUACGCGGGGAGAUGGUAUCAGGCUUACAGUAACCGAUGGGCUGAUCUUGGUAUCCAAGUCAUCGAACCAGACUGUGUGUCGGUCGAUUAUGGGGUCAUAAAUGCAACAUUCGUGUCCGUCUAUAACGCCAACUGGCUUUUUGACGAGAAGCGUACAGACGACAUCAACGGCUACGCCUACAUCCCAGACCUCAAUAAACCAGGCCAGCUCAACGUCGUGCUCGAAGGAGUUCCCGUCCUUUUAGAUUACUGGAUCUUCAAGCUAGGGCCAAUCAUCAAUGGCCAAUACCAAUACUCCCUGAUCACUGACGCCGAAGAUUCGGCCCGACCCCUCUUCGUGCUCACCCGUGACCUGGACGUGUUCGCUGAGCUCUACGAUCAGGAGGUUCGCGAGUAUCUAACCCUGCACGACUACGUGGAUGGUUUCAAGGCCCCGUAUGCCACUUUUUACAACGAAAGCUGCGUUUUCCCGCCAUUAAAUCGAAAUUGAUCAUCAUUUCCAUCUGCAACUGAAAUUCAAUAAUCAGACUAUAAUACACCGAGAGUAAAAUGAUCUUAGAUUGCUUGGAGAUCGACAUAACUUUUCAAAAAUGGCUCGGUUUGGGCAGAUUUACCAAAGAUUGUUAAUAGAAUGAUUCCUUCAAAAUAUUGUUUGUGUUAUUCAUUUUGACUUAAUGAUAAAAAUUCUAUACUUUUCUUGGUAAAAAUACAACGCAAUGCUGAUUAAGUUUACCCACACUUUGCCAGAUUCGUUUUCAUUUUUAACAGAAUUUUAUUUUUAAUUGGGGUUCAGCGAUUUUAGAGUAUUGUAUACCAGAAUAUGAUUUUUAUAUACAAAAAAAGAAGAAUUUUUAAAAGUAAAGUUAGAUUUAAACAGUAUUAGCAAGUUAUUGAGGUUAAUGUUAUUUUUAUUGUGCAUUUAAUUAGAAGAAGUACAUGUAUUUGUACCUGAAACAAAACGGCCGUGAUAUAAUGAAGGAAUAUAUGCAAAUAGUUAAGUAACACAAAUUAUUGACACUACACAAACAAUGGCGAUGAUAACAGUCACAUUUCUUUUAUAAUAAAGUAUUUUUCCGAGGCAAACAUA